AUGUCCGUGUCGUCCAGGAUUGCGUUCCGUGGCUCCGUUCGACUGGUUUCGUCAAAGGCCUAUGCCAAGGGAUAUUAUCCCCCAGACAGAGGAUUAGCGGAUCUGGAUACUUUUGCGCGCAGACACUUGGGCCCCAAGCCUCAAGAUGUUGAUCAGAUGCUCGCUGCUGUGAAAUGUUCCGAUCUUGGUGAAUUUAUCAGCAAGGUUCUUCCGGAAAAUGUUUUUGUUGGAAGACCUCUCAAGAUCAAGCCUGAACAAGGAUACACUGAAACCCAGAUGCUAAACCGAUUGAGGGAAAUCGCGUCUAAAAACAAGCUGGUCAAGUCCUACAUUGGAAAGGGCUACUAUAACACUAUCCUUCCUGCUGUGAUCCAGCGGAACUUGCUUGAAAAUCCUGCUUGGUACACAUCCUACACUCCUUAUCAGGCGGAGGUUUCGCAAGGACGGCUAGAGAGUCUUUUGAAUUAUCAGACCAUUGUCUCAGAUCUUACUGGGCUCCCAGUGGCCAACUCAUCUCUUCUUGAUGAAGGUACUGCAGCUGCUGAAGCCAUGAUCUUGUCCUACAACCAAUUGCGUGGUAAGAAAACCAAAUAUUUUGUUGAUAAGAACACUCACGAACAAACGAUAGCUGUCUUGAAAACCAGGGCAUACACUUUGGGAAUCGAGCUCGUUAUUGAUGAUUUGAGUAAUUUUCAGCCCGUUGCAGGAGAUCUGUGUGGUGUUUUAAUCUCUUACCCUCAAACAGAUGGUACCAUCCCUGCUCCAGAAUCGCUUGCCGAUAUUGCAGGAAUCAUGCACCAAAACAAAGGUUUGGUUGCAGUUGCCUCUGAUCUGAUGGCUUUGACUCUUCUCAAACCGCCAUCUGAGUUUGGUGCCGAUAUCGCUUUGGGAUCUUCGCAAAGAUUUGGCGUUCCUAUGGGUUUUGGAGGCCCUCAUGCGGCUUUUUUUGCUGUCACUGAUCAGUUGCAAAGAAGGAUUCCGGGAAGACUUGUGGGUGUCACAAAAGAUAGACUUGGUGGCCAGGCUCUACGUUUGGCACUUCAAACUCGUGAGCAGCACAUCAAGAGAGAAAAGGCUACUUCCAACAUCUGCACUGCUCAAGCUUUACUUGCUAACAUUGCCGCUAAUUACGUGGUUUACCACGGUGCCGAUGGUUUGAAGGCCAUCGCUAGUCGAAUUCACGGUCUGACACGCAUUCUUGCCGAGCAAAUAACCGAGAAUUCUCCGCACACCGUUCUCAAUGCUACCUACUUUGAUACGCUUUCAGUUCAAGUUGAAGGUGCUGCAGAUGACAUCAUUGCAAAGGCCCUCAAUGAGUACAACAUCAACCUAUUCAAGGUAAACGACAACCAGAUCCAGUUGUCUCUUGAUGAGUCGGUCACCAAAAACGACCUUACCAAGCUUGUGGAACUGUUCACUUCACAAACGACUAAUCUCGACAAUGUUCAACGUCUUCCCGAAUUUCCACGCCAUCUGGUCAGAACAGACAAGAUUCUCACCAACCCAGUCUUUAACACGCACAAUUCGGAAACUGCUAUGUUGCGCUACCUAUACAAGCUACAGCAAAGGGAUAUUUCUCUUGCGUCUUCCAUGAUCUCUCUUGGCUCCUGUACCAUGAAGCUGAAUGCCACAACUGAGAUGAUUCCAAUAACCUGGGCUGAAUUUGCAAAUGUUCAUCCCUUUGUGCCUAGCGACCAGGCCAAAGGCUAUUUGGAACUAAUCACAGAGCUCGAGGCUGAUCUUGCAGAUAUUACUGGGUUUUCCAAGACAACCCUUAUGCCUAACUCGGGCGCGCAGGGGGAAUACACCGGUUUGACUGUCAUUAGAGCUUAUCUAGAGAGCAUUGGGCAGGGCCACAGAAACGUGGUCUUGAUCCCAGUCAGUGCUCACGGAACCAACCCAGCCUCCGCUGCAAUGGCAGGCCUCAAGGUGGUUCCAGUCAAAUGUCUGAGCAACGGAAAUCUAGAUCUUCAGGAUCUCGAAGCCAAGACCACCAAGCAUGCCUCCAACCUAGCUGCUAUCAUGAUCACCUAUCCAUCGACUUACGGUAUGUUUGAGCCUACCAUUAGAGAUGCGGUCUCUCUUGUCCAUUCUCAUGGAGGCCAGGUUUAUCUUGAUGGCGCCAACAUGAAUGCUCAGGUGGGUUUGACUUCCCCUGGCGACUUGGGUGCUGACGUCUGUCAUUUGAAUUUGCACAAGACUUUUGCUAUCCCCCACGGUGGAGGUGGCCCAGGUGUGGGGCCUAUUUGUGUUGCUGAUCACUUGAAGGACUUCCUUCCAAAACACCCUCUGUUUCCUUCUACCAACACUGCGUCGACUGCAAUCAACCCUGUUUCGGCUGCGCCAUUCGGGUCUGCCUCAAUUUUGCCCAUUUCCUACGCUUACAUAAAGAUGCUCGGAGCCCAGAACCUGCCCUACGCAUCUAGUUUGGCUAUCUUGAACGCCAAUUACAUGAUGUACAGACUUCGCGACCACUACAAGAUAAUGUUCUUGGGCGAUGAGUCAGCGCACCAUGAAAUCAAAUACUGCGCGCACGAGUUUAUCAUUGAUCUGAGACCAUUCAAGGAAUUUGGAAUUGAGGCCAUCGAUGUGGCCAAACGCCUUCAGGAUUACGGCUUCCAUGCUCCAACUAUGUCCUUCCCUAUUCCCGGGACUCUGAUGAUCGAACCUACCGAGUCUGAAAACCUCGAGGAGCUCAAUAGAUUCAUCGAUUCAAUGAUCUCCAUCCGCAAAGAGAUUGAGGAUGUCAAAAAUGGAGGCAGCGCUGCUUUACUGAAAAAUGCUCCUCAUUCGCUCAGAGAUUUGUUGGAGACCGAUGAAGAAGAAUGGCAAAGGAGAGGAUAUUCAAGACAACAAGCUGGCUUUCCAUUGCCAUUUUUGAGAGACUUCAAGACGUGGCCUUUCGUUGCACGUGUUGAUGACACCUAUGGAGACAUCAACUUGAUGUGCACCUGUCCUUCAGUUGAGGAGGUUGCAGAAUAG